AUGCAACAAUUUAUUAAUUUCGAAAUGAUGGAAACUGUUGAAUCGCCGAACGAAUGCAGCUCUAUGGAUAAUCACAUAGUUGCCAAUCGUAUGGAAAUGGAGAAUAAUCAAGCCAAUGUAGAAUGGACACAUCUUAAUGAAAACAUUUGGAUCAAAAUUCUGGAACAUUUAGACGUCAAAAGUCUGUUGAAUGCUUCAGAAGCUUGUUAUACAUUCAAUGAAACUAUUUCAUCAUCUUCGAAGCUGUUAAGAAAAAUGAAUAUUACAUUGAAGUUUCUUCCUGCAUUGCCAACUGAUCGCGGUUUAGCUGAAAUUGAUGAUUUGAUCCAAAAGUCUUCAGUAUUAACAAGACCUUAUAGAAAUCUUACGAUUCUUAGCUUGGACGACAAUUGUCUCUAUGAGCCACGAAGAAAAUCGGAAUUCAUAAAUUUGGAGAUCCUUUUUCCAGAAUAUUCUCCACCAGAUGUUCGAGUAGUUGAAGAUUUCCUUCUCAAAUUUAAAAAACUUAAAAAAUUGAAAUUGGAUGUCUUUGAAUUUAACAGGGAAUACUCUUCUGAUCGUCUUUCUGCAGUUCCAUUUCAAUUGGAAGUUCUAAGCUUAAGCAGCGUACAUUGGGAGAACUUAAGUUUUUGCGAGAAAUUUCUCAAGUCACAAACAAAUCUGAAAAUUCUUAAACUCACUGGUAUCAGUCAGUGGAUUCGAAUAGGUAAUCGGUCAGCAUUGCUUUGUUUUAAUGAUAUAUUGCAACAUUUACUUACGAAAAAUCCAAAGUUAACUUCAGUUGAAAUAUGCUCACAUAACAUGUGGUACAGAAUGCAUAAUCAAGUCUAUGAAUUCGAAUACGACAGUUUUUUUGGUAAUUGCAAUAAUUUAAAGGACAUUUGUGGAGACUUACAAGAAAUCAAAGUGCUCAAAAAUUUGGAAUUAUUAAAUAUCAUAACUUCACCAUUAUUGCUUGGAAAUAUUCAAACCACUAACUUUCCAUGUUUGAUGACAUUCAAGUACAAGGCAUUAUUGUUCGGCGAAGCAAAAUCUUUGGAAUGUCUUACAAAAUUCUUCAAACACAACAGUCAAAUCAAGAAUGUCUGCCUUAGCAUUGAAUCAUUAACGAUCCAUGAAGUUGUCGGACUUUUGAUGCCACUCACCUUUUCAUUGGAGUCUUUGACAAUUGCAAAUUUUCAACUGAAUGUCGACGAAGCUCAAAUCCUGGUAUCAAACUUUUCUCACUUACGCCGACUUGAGUCAGAUUUGCAACUUAAACAAGACGUUACUGACACUUUAUCUAAUGCUGGUGUAAUUGUUGCAAAGGUGCCAGUUGCUAGCAAUUUUGCGAUGUUUAUUGACACUUACCCAAUAUUUUAA